CGCUCCGGACUGUGAGGUACAGGUGAACUAUCUGUAAACGCCGCUCUUCUCCUUAUUCUCCUUCUUCUACUGGCCGAAAGUUCCCGCUGCUGGUUUUCAUGUUGCCAACUGAGAUUUCAGGAGGAGUGUGUUUCACCUCAAGCGAUCACACUGAGGGAAGGAGAGAAGGGAUGAAAACAGAGGAAAGCCAGCAGUCCUGUCUGCAGCAGCCUCCAUCUUCAACACCUUUCGGUCCGGAGUACAGGGGAGGGGGAGAGCUGUGUGCCGGCUGCGACUCUCCCAUCGCCGACCGCUUCCUACUGCGCGUGAACGAGCGCUCCUGGCACGAGACGUGCGUCAAGUGCGCCGUGUGUUUGAGUGCGCUCACCGGGACCUGUUACUGCAGGGACCGACUGCUGUACUGCAAACACGACUAUGAAAAGUUGUUUGUAAGGAAGUGCAGUGCCUGCCUGCAGGUGAUUGGACGGUCGGAGCUGAUAAUGCGUGUGCAAGGCCAGGUGUACCACUUGGGCUGCUUCACCUGCUGUGAGUGUGAACGCCGGCUGCAAAGAGGUGAUGAGUUUGUGCUGAAAGAAGGCCAGCUGCUCUGCCGUAUGGACUAUGAGAAAGAGAGGGAAAUGCUGGCUGCUAUUAGUCCGACUCCAACGGAAUCAGUGAAAAGUGAAGAUGAGGAUGGUGGAGGAGGCUCUGGUGGAGGGAAAGGUGGUGAUGAAGGCAAGGAGCACAAGCGUUCAAAACGACCACGUACCAUCCUCACCACACAGCAGCGCCGUGCUUUCAAGGCUUCCUUUGAAGUGUCUGCUAAGCCCUGCCGUAAGGUGAGGGAGACACUGGCUGCUGAGACUGGACUGACAGUUCGUGUUGUGCAGGUGUGGUUCCAAAACCAAAGAGCCAAGAUGAAGAAGAUAGCUCGCCGGCAGCAGCAGCAACAGCAGCAGCAGCAGCAGGAACAGGAGCAGCUGGGAGGAACCCGGAGAGGACCCAGCAGAGGAGGCCGUCAGAGCAAUGAUGACAGCGAAGAUGGCUCUAGCACCCAUGGAAUGGAUGGGAUUCUGGGGUAUCCCUCUCUGCCUCGUCAGCAACUGCUCGCUCUGGAUCCAAACAUCUAUGGGGGAGAGCCUUUCAGACAUGGACUCACACCACCACAGCUGAGCAGCGAGCAGCUCCAUUCCUAUGACUCGGAGACAGUGUUCCAUGACCUGGACAGCGAUGGAAGCCUCAGUCACCUAGGAGACUGCCUCUUAGCAACAGGAGAUGGUAGCCUCCUGGCAGGGCGAGUGGGAAAUCCCAUCGACCGUCUCUACUCCAUGCAGAACUCCUACUUCACCUCCUGACCCAUAUAAAAUAUCACCCUUCCCUGCCUGUUUCACCUUUCACCUCAGAGAUGCAGCUAAUGGAGUUCGUCCAUCUACAUACCUGUGGGACCACUCUCCGUGACUCAACUACUCCCAAACACUCUUCUGAGCUUUCAUCGCAGGCCAAAAUCGCCACAAGUCAGGCAUAGACACAAUAAAAAUUUGCAGCAGAUAAGCAUAAUGCCUCCAUCCCCAUUCCUCGAUGAGAAUCACAUGCUGGAAAAACAGACACUGUAAAUGUCAAAGAUGUGUAAAGGACCUUGAUUUCACCUGUUGUAUUUAUGUGAUG